AUGGCGCCGAUGAGGGGAAGUCUCGUGUGCAUGAAGGAUGAGUCCCUUCUCCUUUCUCAACCAUUCGUUUCAUCUGGCCAACAGCCAGCUUCUUGUUAUAACCUAAAUUCCACCGCCGCGGGAUCCCGCGGAGAGGACGUCCUGGACUCCUCCGGCGAGCCAUCGCACCCCAACCUCCACGGCAACUCGUCCAGUGAUCUAGACACGCCACGACCCGUUGAGACUGCAUCUAGUACUAACACACCAGCUUAUAUUUUCAUCGCUUCCUUGCCUGAUAGCUCGACCGCCCCCUCAAACCAUCAACAAGACCAGAAUCGAGCACGGUCUGGCAUCGCGAAUAUAGGUUCUUCGACUGCCAACCUUGAACGACUUCCGGGUCAUACACCGGCUCGGAUCCUCGGACGACGUCAACGCUCGCCGGCUCCUGAUAAUCCUUUCGAGAUCCAUACCAACAAUUCUGGAGCCCCCGAGGACGACCUCAUCACCGAGCCACAAGCCAAACGACGAAGAGGAAACGACACGAUGGGUGGGAGUGACACACUUGAUCCCCAUAAUGGCGCUCCUCUAGGGUUUUAUAACGGAUCGAGUGAAGCGUCUACGGGGGUUACUAAUGGUCACAAGAGUACCUUGAACGGAUCAGCAACUCGAGAUAAGAAUAAUACGGCCGCUAAAGGCAGCGAACGUCCCUUGAAAUACUUUGGCCAUGAUCGAGAAGAGGUGACCCGGCUAUUAAUACAAGCCUUAUCAGACAUGGGCUAUCGAACUGCCGCGGACAACGUGAGCCAAGAGAGUGGUUAUGAGUUGGAGAGUCCUACUGUGGCCAGCUUUAGAUCAGCUGUACACAGUGGCUUAUGGUCCAAAGCAGAAGAGUUACUCACGGGUGCUUCUCAUGAAGCUGAUGGCCAAGGAAACGGGCUCGUGCUGGCACCGGGUACAGACCGGAAUGCCAUGAAGUUCUGGCUUAGACAGCAGAAGUUCCUAGAGCUCUUAGAACAGAGAGACACUAGUCGGGCUCUUAUCGUGUUGAGGAGCGAGCUGACACCGCUCUCGCAUGACACUGGGAAACUCCAUUUCCUGUCAAGUCUCCUUAUGUGUCGCUCUGUCGAGGACCUCAUGACCAAGGCGGAGUGGGAUGGUGCUCGCGGCCAGUCUCGGAAGCAAUUACUCUCGGAGCUAUCGAAAUGUAUAUCGCCUUCAGUAAUGCUCCCGGAAAACCGUCUAGCGGUUCUUCUUGAACAGGUCAAGCAGAGUCAGAUUGACACUUGCCUGUAUCACACUGAAGCUUUAUCGCCAUCACUUUACUCGGAUCACUUCUGUGACCGACGAAACUUUCCCACAGAGGUGGCACUGGACCUUACAAACAUGAGUGGGGAGAUCUGGCAAGUACAAUUCUCCCACGAUGGUUCAAAGGUCGCGGCUUGCGGUAGUGGCCACCAAGUCAUGAUUUGGGAUACACACACGUUUGGUGUGUUGGAGGUCCUAGAAGAUCACGACGAUGGUGUGGGGAAUAUUUCGUUCAGUCCUGAUGACUCCAUGAUUCUAUGCUGCGCAAGAGACGGAUCCGCAAGACUCUGGAAUGUCAAUGGUGGGACUAUAAUCAAGAGAUUCAAGAAGUUCGCCGAGCCUGUAAGCGGCUGCGUUUGGGCUCAAGAUAGUCGAUCAUUGGUUCUUGGAACGCUAGAUCCCAACUAUAGCCUGCGCACUAUAAGCCUGGAUACUUUUGAAGAGUACGAUUGGGGCAAGAAACACCGUGUCGAGGAUCUUUGUGGAUCGCUUGAUGGACGUUGGCUCGUGGCCCUCGAUAACCAACUCACCAUUCACGUGUACAAUGCAUUGACACAGGAGCUGGAGUUUGACAUGGAGCUGAAAGCGCGACCAACGUCGGUUAGCAUCAGCCAAGACUGUCGACAUCUUCUUGUCAACAAAUGCGAUGGUGAAGCUCAACUCAUUGACCUCUUGACACGCAACUCAAUCCAAAAGUUCUUUGGACACACAGGUGGUGAAUAUUUAAUUCGUGGUUCGUUUGGCGGAGCCAAUGAAAGUUUUGUUGUCAGUGGCAGUGAGGAUGGGAACAUCUUGAUAUGGCAUAAGAACACUGGUGCAGCGGUCGAACGCCUGUAUGGACACCACCCCCGUUGCAAUGCUGUUGCGUGGAAUCCAGUCGACUCAUAUAUGCUGGCGUCUUGCGGAGACGAUGGGCGACUCAAGAUUUGGUCCAACAAGACAGCCGGUCUCGAACUGAGAGCUCGCCAUCAACAACAUGUAACCCACUGGGGGAGAGAUAGAGACGUGUAG